AUGUUGCCUCAAAAUGACAGCACGGACAGAAUACCGCUUUGGUUGGACUGCGAUCCUGGACACGAUGACGCCUUUGCAAUCUUAAUUGCAGCGCAUCACCCUUCUCUUAAUCUUCUUGGAAUAACGACUAUCCACGGCAAUGCUUCUUUGGAGAACACGACCUACAAUGCCGGAAGUAUUCUAGAAGCUAUCGGCAGACCAGAGAUCCCGGUCUACCCUGGAAGCCGGAAACCAUUUUCGCGCCCUGCAUUACAUGCUCCAGACAUCCACGGUGAAUCCGGCCUUGAUGGCACCGAUCUUCUGCCGAAACCAUCUGUUCCUCCGAUUACAAACGAGAACCCCAUCCUAGCCAUGCGCAACGCACUCUUAGCCCAGCCCAAGGGUACCCCAUGGUUGGUUGCAACGGGAACACUGACCAAUAUUGCCCUGCUAUUCGCAACUUUCCCAGAGGUAGCGGAACAUAUCCAAGGUUUAAGUAUCAUGGGAGGGGCUAUCGGUGAAGGAUUCACAGAUGCCCCCAUGAGUAGGCUUCCUGGGGAAAAGUCCCGUAUUGGAAACGUCACACCCUGGGCCGAAUUCAAUCUCUAUUGUGAUCCCGAGUCUUCCGAGUCCAUAUUCAGUAAUCCUGUUCUGGCUCCUAAGACCACGAUAGCCGCGUUGGAUCUGACCCACCAAGUUCUCGCAUCUCAGGAUGUGCAGACACGUAUCUUACAUGGUGGAAGGGAUCCGUCACAGCCACCCACGAUAAUUCGACAGAUAUUGCACGCUCUACUCACCUUCUUUGCGGCAACGUACGAGAAAGUGUUCGGUCUGGCGACCGGCCCUCCGCUGCAUGACCCGUUGGCCGUGGCAGUAAUCCUAUCGACAUUGAACCCCACAUUUGCCUUGGUGCACCCUCGCGAGGCUCUCCGGUUCGAUGACAGGGAUGGGGAACGAUUUGCUGUGAGCAUUGUGACGGACGGCCAUCAUGGCAAGGAUGUCUCUGCCACCGGCCAGGUGGGACGCUCGAUUGCUAUGCCAGUCACGGGCCCCGGUGUGGCAAUUCCAAGAAGUGUUGAUCUGGAGGCAUUCUGGUCAAUAAUUCUGGAUUGUGUGCAGUUGGCCGACGACUGCAAUGCGGCUCGAUCAUGA